GGGUGUGGGAUGGGAAAUGAGCGAGGGUGAACCCAACCACCCUUAAACGGGUGCAGGAUCCGCAGCCAGGGAGUCGGGUCAGGCCACGCCCACUGCCUACCGCCCAAGUCCAUCUCGGUCCUCCUGGGGCUCAGGCCCACCUCACCCCGUGAUGCAGCCCCGCCCACCUCAGCUCGGGCGUCGGGCUCUCUUUUGGUCUCUGCCUGCUCCAUUUUCGCCCCUACCCGAGAGACAAGGCUGAGAACCAUUGAGACGACCGGGCCUCCGCGUGGACCAGAACGGCCGGAAGUCUGCGAGGUGGGGCGGGCGCCCGAGGCCCGUUUCCGGCGGCGUCGCGCGGAACGGACCUCGGCGGGCCUCAGGCUGGCCACGGGGGAGGGUGAGUCGGCUCCGUGUGCUUGGUCUUGUCUCCCCGCCCUCAGGCAAAGUGGCCAGUGGCCUCUACACCCGGGAGCGCAGAUGUCGCGGGAGGUCCGGAGCCGCAGUGAGCACCUGGCGGAGGACCUGGUUGGGCAGCGGCCACACAAGCCAGCAUCGGCGAAUGGAAGGAGUCGAGUGCUCGAGCCUUGUGGAUCCUCCGCCCGCCGGCUCCGGUCUUGGGCCUGAGUAAGGUGUCUCAGCCAGCACAAGUGGAGGCCUACCUGUGGAACUCAUGGAGGCGGUGACAUUUGGCGAUGUGGCUGUGCACUUUUCCCGGGAAGAGUGGCAAUGUCUGGAUUCUGGCCAGAGGGCCCUCUACAGGGAGGUGAUGCUGGAGAACCACAGCAGUGUUGCUGGACUAGCCUCCCUAGUAAUUGGAAUUAAAGGAUUCCUGGUCUUCAAGCCUGAGCUGAUCUCCCGACUGGAGCAGGGACAGGAGCCAUGGGUCCUGGACCUGCAGGGAGCGGAGGGGACCGAGGCACCACGGACAUUCCAGACAGAUUCUACCAUUAAAUCUGAGUGUAAGCAGGACUGUGAGGACAUCAGUAUUCUCAAAUCUCAGGGUCCUGGCUGUGGAGACACUUGCAAUUCUGAAGUCUGGUCAGAGAGGCAUUCAAGCAGUUUUGGGCUAAUGGUGAAAGGCUCCCUCUUCGCAAAGCACCAUUUGAAGAAGCGGACUGCAGUUCCCAAGACUGUCACCAAGGACACUGCCCAUGAACACAGAGAACUGAAUGCCAGUGAUCUAUAUCAUCAGCCUGAGAUACAUCAGAGAGACGGUGCAGAAGGGUUGCAGAGAUGUGAGAUGUGCGGCAGAGGUCUCAGACGCUCUGUAGACCUGGCUUUGGACCAAGAGAAACCUCACAGAUGUCAGCAGUGUCAAGAACAGUUACCUGACUGCUUCCAGGGAAAUCCUCCAGGUAAGUGUUGUGGGGAAAAGCCAUACAAGUGUGAGGAGUGUGGAAAAGUCUUCAGGCUGUGCUCACAGCUCCACCAGCACCAGAGAAUCCACACUGGAGAGAAACCAUUUAAGUGCGUUGAGUGUGGAAAAACCUUCCGCCUGAGCUCAAAACUUAUUCAGCAUCAAAGAAUUCAUACUGGAGAGAAGCCCUACAGAUGUGAGGAAUGUGGCAAAGCCUUUGGUCAGAGCUCAAGCCUUAUCCAUCAUCAAAGAAUCCACACUGGUGAAAGGCCCUACAGCUGUCGUGAGUGUGGCAAGGCCUUCAGCCAGCAGUCACAGCUGGUCAGACACCAGAGAACUCACACUGGGGAAAGGCCUUACUUGUGCAAGGAGUGUGGCAAGGCCUUCAGCCAGAGCUCAACUCUAGCUCAGCACCAGAGGAUGCAUAUUGCAGAGAAAUCACAAAUCCUAAGAGCCUCAGAAUGUCCAAGCCUUAUUGCACAUCAGAGAAGUCACACUGUGGAGAAGCCCUUUAAGUGCAGUGAGUGUGGGAAAUCUUUUAGGUGGAUCUCUCGCUUGAGUCAGCACCAGCUGAUUCACACUGGAGAGAAACCUUAUAAAUGCAACAAAUGUACAAAAGCCUUUGGUUGUAGUUCACGGCUUAUUCGCCAUCAGAGAACUCACACUGGAGAAAAACCAUUUAAAUGCGAUGACUGUGGGAAAGGGUUUGUCCAGGGUUCACAUCUUAUUCAGCAUCAGCGAAUCCACACUGGAGAAAAACCUUAUGUGUGUAAUGACUGUGGAAAAGCCUUUAGCCAGAGCUCCAGCCUCAUUUACCAUCAGAGAAUCCAUAAAGGGGAGAAGCCCUUUGAAUGCCUUCAGUGUGGAAAAGCCUUCAGUAUGAGCACACAGCUCACUAUCCACCAAAGGGUCCACACUGGGGAGAGACCAUAUAAGUGUAAUGAAUGUGGGAAAGCCUUCAGUCAAAACUCAACCCUUUUCCAACACCAGAUAAUUCAUGCCGGAGUGAAGCCCUAUGAGUGUAAUGAAUGUGGAAAGGCCUUCAGUCGGAGCUCAUAUCUUAUUGAACACCAGAGAAUACAUACAAGAGCCCAGUGGUACUAUGAAUAUGGGAACACUCUGCAAGGGCCCACCUUUGUGAGCCGUAAAAAAGUGAACACUAUAAAGAAACUGCAUCAGUGUGAUGACUGUGAGAAAAUAUUCAGGUGGCGCUCACAUUUAAUUAUACAUCAGAGAAUUCACACGGGAGAGAAGCCUUACAAAUGUAAUGACUGUGACAAAGCUUUUAAUCGGAGCUCAAGGCUUACUCAACAUCAGAAAAUUCACAUGGGAUGAACCAUUUAUUGGUAUAAAUGUGAAUAAAUCUGCAGCCUUAAAACACAUAACUUUAGGGGCCGGGGAUUUAGCUCAAUGGUUUUGCCACCUACCUUGCAAGCACAAGGACCUGAGUUCAAUCCCUGGUACCCCCCCCAAAAAAAAUCAACACUUAAUUUUAUAUGAGACUGUUUAUAUUGGCAAGAACUUAGACUCUUGAUGAAAAUUCAGAAUUGUUCUCUUAAAAUCAAUAUCCAGCUUCAUACAAAAUGUAUGCUUACUUGCUGAAAUGUUUGACAUCUUUUCAAUAAAGCCUAUGACUGUUGCACUCAGGGUGCAAUU